CCCUCAUAAAAGUGAUUGAUUAUAAGACUCGACGUUUUUGUUCGAAUGAAUUCGACUCUUAUCCCAAUACAACUAAAUCAGAUCCUAGUUCGACAGCUUCCCACUAGGGGCGCUUGUUCCUGGUCUAUCAAGUAAAUCAACUUGUUGAAUGAACUGUGUCAAUCAUAUCUCAGCUUCCUAGCAGUGCAGUAGUAGUACGCUGUACAAGGAACUUGCGAGUUAUUAUUAUUCUUCAUAGCCAAAGAUUUCAAUAUAAGAAUCACCUACAAAUGCGUGACAGUGAUAACAGGUGUAUUUUUGUGAUUCAAUGUUCUCAAUUUUUUAUUUAAUCGUUCAUCCUUAAUACUUUAUAUUCAAUUACGGUUUACCAAUAUUUUGCGAGUGCGUUAGUGGACUACUUGGAAAUUUUUUGCGAUGUAUUUGAAAGUAAGUUCUGUGUUACUUAAAAUGUUUCUAGUUCAAGUUGUGGCUUCUCCAAGUGCUUCAAACUACAAGAGAAUUAGAAGUGUCUCAGUUCCAGUAAAUGAUGGAAGCUGCGGAGAUAUAACCCUCGACCUGUACGUAUCACCCAGAUUGAACCGAACCAUAUCAGACGUUGUGGAGAUGGCCUGGACAGUGGACCGAGUGCUGGCAGGAGACUGGAUUGGUCUGUUUGACUUCAAUCCCAAUUCGACAUCUGCGUCGAACCUGGAGGACCAUCUCUAUUCGGCGCCUGUCACUUUGCCCAGUGGCGUUGUUUUCACCGGAGUUCAGAUUAAGAGAAAUUUAACAACUGCAAGGCCCUACGAGGCGGGCUGUCUUGGCUAUUGGGCCGUGUACGUCAGAGGGGACUCUGGAGAAGCAGCAGUCAUUACUUGCCUGUCUACCGAACCGAGAUGGAUGGAGAAUUCUUGGAAUGAAAUAUCCAAACUGAGUUUAGCAAGUGCCUUUCUUCCCGGGACGCAUAAUUCGGCCGCUUUCAAAGAAGUCUAUUCGCCCUAUUAUGAAAACCUCGUUCACAAAUAUACAUACAACCAGGAUUUGAACAUCCACGACCAACUGGUGUUCGGUGCCAGAGUGUUGGAUUUGAGGAUCGCGCAUUACUCGAACACCGAACAGAAAUGGUGGAGCAACCAUGACUUCAUCCGUCUGCGACCUUUCAAGGAGGUGCUAGAUGAUGUCAAGAGGUUCCUCGACAACACCAAAGAGAUCGUCAUACUAGACAUCCAUAACUUUCCAGUGGGAUUCAAAGUGAACUCAGCAGAAACCCAUCGUGAGUUUGUGCGCUUUCUGGAGGAAGAGGUUGGAGACAGACUGAUCCCGGCCUCCCUCGGAUGGAGUGCUCCGCUUUCCUCACUAUUGGCGACGGGGAGACGCCUCGUGGUCGCCUAUAACAGUCAGAAUGCAUCGGCGCCCUUCCUCUGGUACCCCAUCUGGCAUCGCUGGGGCAACAAGCAGGAUGUCCCCUCGCUGCACACAUACUUCUCCGAUGUGUUUUCUGGACAUAACACAGCACCAUGGUCAGCCAUGAUGGAGUUGACUCCUAGACCGCUGGACGUUCUGUUGGACACCUACGGAGGUCUGCGAGAAAUGGCGGCCGACUCCAAUGUGCAAGUCAACAAAUGGCUGCAGGGCUCAUGGGGACGCAGCUGCAACGUCGUUUCGGUCGACUUCAUCCGCGGGACCAGCAUAAUCAAGUCGGCAAUUAAAUGGAACAGAAUUCGCGCCGGUCAUCUUGCAUGUGGCAAUCACACCAGGACUUAAUGUUUGAAAUCAGAAGAAAUAUCUGAUGAGAUUUGACAACUUUUAACCAGUGAAAUUCACUUCACACUGAGAAGAAAUAUCCAGUUUUUAUAACUGUUUGCAUUUUUUGUUGAGUGUGAAGGUUCAUGAAGUAUGCUGACAGUAUAAAGUGAAUCACACUAUCGAUUUUUAAUGUGUGUGAACUGAUUGAAUUGGUCACUCAACUACUGUGGGGUGGAUAGCGUACACUAUUGUGUUACUGAUACUUUUGGCAAGAAGCUUUGAAAACAGAAAUGUAUAUAGGUAAUGUAAUAGGCUUAUUUUAUAUUAUUUUCUGUGUUUAAAGUGUUUGGACUUGAACUAUUGUCAUAAUUAAUCACUUUAAAGACUGAGAUUCACCGUUACCAAUACCGUAUCUAGUAAAUUCAAGGAUGUAGAACCCAAACAUCAGCUUUUAAUGAAUAUGUAAGUGGUUGUGACAAUAUUUUCAAGUCCCUCCAUUUGAUAUGUAUAAUAGGCAAAAGUAUUCUUCACUUUUAUUAUGUUCAUUGAUUAAAUUAAUGUGUAUGAUACAAGUCAACAACUGCAAAUUGUUGUGGUAAGGCUUUUUACAAAAUAUUAUGUUUAUAUUUGGACUUAGUUGGUCCAAAUCUACUCAUCUCCAUUUUCUUAUUAUCUGAGUAUGAAUAAUAAAUUCAUAAUUAUAAUUGAUAAGUAUUCUCAUUAGUAUACUAUCAUAAUUAUACACGCUAGGUAUAACUUAUACACUCUUUAAUUAUAUAUUAUACAGAUUUUGUGAAAGCGCAGAGGUAAUUUUAUUAAUUGCUUUACAAUACAAUAAUAUUGAAUAUUGCGAAGGAUCCAAUCUUCUAAAUCUGAUUGAAAUAACAAUAUAAACACAAAUGGAGCUUGAAUAAUCAAUAAACCUAUUACUGUUUCUUUACCUUUAUAUUACACUCCUCUAGUUGUAAUAAUAAUUCGUAAUAAUUUACAUUCCCCUAAUUAUUAUAUUAAUCUUCUCUAUAAUAACUUUAUCAGAUGAAUAAAUAAUAAUAAUAAUA